AAAGAAGUGCCAGAGAGUAUAGUUCAGCCAUGCAACUUGACGAUAAUAUCUGUAGCUUCUACUGAUCAAGAGAAACACAACCAUACAUAUAUCUAUCGAUUAAAUUUCUUGUUAAUAUGAUAAUAUGAUUAAUAUCCCUCUCUAUAAUUCUGCUGCCUAUAUAGCUUAAAGAACCCAAUCAACAAUUACGUCUAUACACACCUUUUUACAGUACUGAUCAUUACCCAAUAUGAAACCUAUUUUCAUUCCUCUUAACCUUUCCAGCUUGUUUUUACUCAUCGUCACCCUGCUGGUGGCCGGAAAGUCUGCACCUAUCUACUCUCCAUCAGAUGAUAUCAGCCUUAACUGCGGCUUUUCCGGCGACACUGUCAGUAAUUAUGAUUUUCAAACUUGGACGGGAGACAUCAACUCAAAGUUUUUCCCCGAAGAAGCUGGUAGCACAUCCCAAGUCGCAAAAGCACCACCGUCGUCCUCCACCGGCAGCCAAGUACCGUACACCACAGCUCGGCUUUCGUAUUCAGAAUUCACUUACAGAUUUCCCGUAAGUCCAGGCCAAAAGUUCAUCCGCUUGUAUUUCUUCCCAGCUACGUACAACGUGGACUUCGACCGCUCGAAAUCACUUUUCUCUGUCAAAGCCGGUGGCUACAGACUUCUCAAGGACUUCAACGCUUCUCUCAGUAGUAUUUACUAUGGCUAUGAGACGAUACUUAGGGAAUUCUGCGUCAACUUUGAGCCAGAUCAGCGGAGUCUGAACAUCACAUUCACUCCCAGCCAGGGUGGAUACGCUUUUAUUAACGGGAUCGAAAUCAUGUCCAUGCCAACCAAUCUUUACCACUCGGCAGCCCAAGGCGAUGGGGCUAGUUAUCUCGGCAACAGAGGUAGCAGAUAUUACGUUGAAAACAACACCGCUCUGGAGAUGAUCUUCCGAAUCAACGUUGGUGGCAGCCCAGUAUCUCCGAAUGAAGACACCGGCAUGUACCGCACCUGGAAUCCAACCGACGAGUUCUACUUAGAUGAUCUAAGUGGAAAAUUGAGCACUGUACGACCAAGAUAUAAUACUCCUCUCAAUUUUGCAAGAAUCCCCAACUACACGGCGCCCGAAGACGUGUACCGAACGGCCCAGACAAUGGGAGGGAACAUCACCAUCAACAAGAGCUACAAUCUCACCUGGGGAUUCCCUGUAGAUCCUGAUUUUUCUUACCUGGUGAGGCUCCAUUUCUGUGAGAUUGAUCCGAAUUGUACCGCGUCUAGAGAUAGAAUGUUUCAGAUUUUCAUAGCCAAUUUAAUAGCUGAACUGUAUGCGGACAUAAUCACCUGGACUACGGAAAAUGGAAAAGGAAAUGGGAUUCCCAUAUAUAGGGACUACUUUGUGUCGAUGCUGAAUCUUAGAACCCAAAAGAAAGGUUUCGUUAAUCUCUCUGUUGCACUACAAGCAAAUCAAGACGAUUACGAUACUCACUAUUUCGAUGCGAUCUUGAAUGGGCUGGAAAUCUUCAAACUCAAUGAUACAGACGGCAAUCUCGGCGGACCCAUCCCCGAGCUACCGAAUAUCCCGCCAAAGGUGACGUCGGAAAGCUCUAGAAACUCGAAGAAGAAGUCGACUCCUAUGCUUGCUAUCCUCGCCGGUGUAGUUUCGGCCUUACUUGUUCUUUCCUUCCUCGGGUUUUUAGUUUUCAGGCGUGGAGGAAAAGUCAAGGAUUCCAACUCCAGCCACAGGAUGACGACGUCAACCAUGACCCUUAGGUCACCUUAUCCAUCUUAUUUGUGCCGUGACUUUUCACUAGCAGAGAUCAAAGGCGCCACCAAAAACUUCGAUGACACUUUAAUCAUUGGAGUUGGUGGGUUUGGGCAUGUCUACAAAGGAUACUUCGACAAUGGGGCCACCCUUGUGGCAAUCAAACGGCUGAAAGCCACUUCAUCGCAGGGCGCCCACGAGUUCAUGACGGAAAUCAAAAUGCUCUCCCGAUUGCGCCACCGUAAUUUGGUUUCUCUUAUAGGAUUUUGUGCCGAUCCAGGUGAGAUGAUCUUAGUCUACGAUUACAUGGCACAUGGGACCCUCAGUGAUCAUUUGCACCGGACCAAGGAACCACACCUUCCUUGGAAACUACGGCUUCACAUUUGUAUUGGUGCAGCACAAGGUUUGCACUACCUUCACACAAGUACCGAAGGCACCAUCAUUCACCGUGACGUAAAGAGCGCAAACAUAUUAUUAGACGAGAAAUGGGUAGCGAAGGUUUCAGAUUUUGGGUUGUCAAAAAAGGGAAUUAUCACAAUAUCCAAGACCCACAUUAGCACGAAAGUGAAGGGUAGUUUUGGAUAUCUUGACCCUGAUUACCAUCGACGUCAACAACUGACUGAGAAGUCUGACGUGUAUUCAUUCGGAGUAGUGUUAUGUGAGGUAUUGUGUGGGAGGCCAGCUGUGACCAUUGUAGAUAAUAAUAGAGUUGGGCUAGCUGGAUGGGUCAAGAAGUGUCAUCAUGAAGGGAAACUUGAUCAAGUUGUUGACCCAAAUUUGAAGGGUGAAAUUGCAUUGCGAUGCUUGCAUAAAUUUGUUUCCAUCGCAAUCAAUUGCAUGGAUGAUAAUGGGAUCAAUCGGCCGUCAAUGGAGAAUGUUGUGAAAGGGCUUCAAUUCGCAUUUGAAAUGCAACAGAACAACGAGAAUUAUAUUGAUCACAUUGAAAGGACGGUGCAAGAUGAGAUUGGAUUGAUCAAGGACAAUGAAGGGUCUAGUUCUAGUGAGCGAAGCAGUGGGGCGAAAGAAUCCAUCCAAAGGUUGACCGGGACAAUCUUCUCCGAGAUCAUCGAUCCAGUUGGGAGAUGAUCGACGAGCAACAUUGUUAACAAGAUGAGAGAGAUCAUUGUAGAAUCAUAGGUGGGUACAUGGAUAAUAUAUGUAGUAAAAACUAGUAAUACAAUCAGUCAUAACAUUUCAACUCAAUCUCAGUUUUUUACGAACAA